ACCUUACAAGACAAGAAGAACUGCUGCACUCUGUACAGUACAGCAGAUAGACAAACAACUUGCAACUAUGGUCUGUUUUCCUGCCAGGGAAUCACUUGUGGAAUGUUUUGUUUUAGGAACCAAAUAGAUUGACUACUUUUGAGUAUUGCUUUGGGUAGGUUAUGUAAAAUGUAAUUUCUUGAAACACUUCAGACAGCAAAAUGUCUCAAGCCUAUCCUGGAGAGAAGACACAUGUAUGGCAUUGGAAUCAGUUCAUUCAGAAGGAAGACAAACAUGAUCUGUGCUAAAAACUGCGACAUCAGCUUUCAUCAAAUAAGCCAAGAUAUUUUCAGAAAACAGAGCCUUAUGCUUCCCCAUACUCUCAGGAAGUUCCUUUCUUGAGUAAUAAGAGGGCAUUAACUACGAAGAGUUUCCUAUUUUGGUGCUAUUUCAGAGUGACUUACUUCCACUUUCUGAAGCUAAACCCUCUCAGAGAAAACUCACAGGCAAAAUGAUAACCUCCACACGAUGGGUUCUGAUUCUGGAAUUUACCUGGCUAUCAUAUUGUGCUGGUAACCAAUGUACAGUGAGUGUAAGACAACCUCAAUCCUUGGAAGGUUUUACCGAAUCCAGCAACAUUACUAUAUUGUGCACCUUUUCUGCCCAGAAAUGCCCCAUGUCAUCCCUUAAUAUUCUAUGGUUUCGGUAUCUUGCAAAAACCCACGAGGAUCUGUGUACUCCUGAGUGUAAAAACAGAGACAAAUUCGAAGUGCUUCGCCCAGCAGAUAAUCACACUUUGCUUCAAAUUAACAUGCUCAGUGCUGAUGACAGUGGAAUUUAUUAUUGUGGGAUAGCAUUUCCAGAUUCCAAAGCACCUACCUCCAAGACCACAGGGGAAGGAACACUGCUAGUGAUCAGAGAAACUAAGAUAUACAGCAAAGGAGCUAUCAACAUCAUGGUGACCAUAUCACUGCUGCUGUUCUUAUACAUCACUGCAAUUUUGGCAAUUUUGAAGUUCUUCUCUAAGCCAAAAUUCAAGAAAUCUGAAAACGAAGACCUGAGAGGGAAGCAAAAUGUUCAUGCUAAAGAGACCAGAGAUGCUUGUCAAGCAAUUGCAAAGGAGAUCUAUAAAAAGAAGAAAAGAAAGCAGUGGCCUGGGCAUCUGGCUAACUUCGGCAAAAGACAUGUACCAUCCUAGUUACUUUUUUAUUUCAUGAGUCCCACAGCUGAGCAUGUGAUUCAGAUGCUCAACAUCUGCAAGAAAAAUAUCUCUAUGAAGACUGCCACUUACCAGCAAAGUAUUUUGCACAGGGACUAAGUAGAAUUGUUCGCCCUUUGUUAACAUCUGUCCAUGUUUGUUUAUUUUCACUUGGGUUGUUUGCCUUUCAUUUAAUUGUAGUUAUCCUUUUGAUUUAUUCAUUUUACUUGAUGUGUAUUCACACUGGAUGAAACUAGUAUGUAAGAGUUUUGUAUUUUGAUAAAACUAAACGAAACAGGACUUUUUAAAAAAGAACAUUUAUGUGCACACAUGAUAUUUAAAAAACUGAAAAAUCA